AUGGCACUCCAUUUUCGCCUAGACCGGAGGAGAUGCACUCGUUUGAGUUUGGCAUUCGCUCUGCUGCUGCUGCUCCUGUUGUGGCUGAACCCAAACUGGACGGACCGCUCCGUCCAUCAUGUCUAUCGCUUCGCGCCCGGCGAGCUGGACCUGACCAACCCCACCGUCGCGUUGAGCUUGUGCCGGCAGCAUGGGUGGACGCCGUUCCCGGGCAUGGCCGACAGGAAGAUCUACGAUUUGAUCAUGGUUAAUACGGAGCUGGACUGGCUCGAGAUCCGCCUCAACGGCAGCUACAGCGAGGUCGACUACUUCGUCAUCGUCGAGUCGCGCAAGACCUUCACCAACCACGACAAGCCGCUGGUCAUCCGCGACAACAUGGACAGGUUCGCCGCCUACCGCGACAAGAUCAUCUACCAUGAGCUGGAGAUCCCCGACGGCUUCCAUUCCGAUCGGUCCAAUCCGUCCUGGGCCUGGGAGGAUCUUCAACGCAACGCCAUGUACGACCAGGUGCUGCCGCGCUUGAAGGGUCCCUUGGCCCCCGUCAACGGUGAUGUCAUCAUCGUGGCCGACGUCGACGAGAUUGUGCGCCCGGAAACCAUGAUGAUCCUCAAGGCCUGCAACUUCCCUCGCCGCCUCACGCUGAGGAGCCACUUCUACUACUACAGCUUCCAAUACUUGCACAAAGGCACCCAGUGGGCUCACCCGCAGGCCACGUACUACCAGGGAUGGCGAACCAUUCUCCCUGUCAACCUGCGCAAUUCCGAUGGCGGCAUCCAGCCGUUGAUCAGGCUCGAAAAGGGCGACCUGUGGAGUGCGGGCUGGCAUUGUUCGACCUGCUUCUCAGCCAUAGGCGAGGUUUUGACCAAGCUGUCAUCAUUCUCGCACAUAUGGCUGAACCAGGACGUCUACCGCGAUCGUGACCGUAUCGCAGACCGCGUCCGGAACGGGAAGGAUCUCUGGGACCGCGAGGGACAGGAGUACGAGAAGCAGGAUAACAACAAGGAUAUCCCUGCACUUCUGCGCCAGGAGCCGGACAGGUUUUCGUAUCUGUUGGACAGAGAUGGCCCGACUGCCGGCUUCCUGGACUAUCCGUGA